AUGGAUGCAGGCAUCAUCGACGGAAUUGCAGGCAUUGGCUCCUCCGUGGGCUCCGAAAAGAAAUGCCCCGACGACGAUUUUGUCGACCGCGCAAACCACACCUACACCAUGAAUCUCCUCAUGUUUUUCAUUGCCAUCGUGCUGUCGCGCCAGUUGGUAGGAAAGCCCAUCAGCUGCUGGAUUCCCAAUGACUUUACGGGUGCCCAGGGCGAGUACGCUGAGACAGUGUGUUGGGUCACUUCAACCUACUUUAUCGCACCCGCACAAGCCACUGUGCCGAUACAGAAGGACCUGCGCUACGAGAAGACGAUUUAUUACUAUCAGUGGGUGCCUUUUAUUUUGAUGCUUCAGGCAGCCCUCUUCGCCUUUCCCUGCAUUAUCUGGCGCCUUUUCAACUCCCAUACACGAAUUAAUAAAGUUAUCCCUUAG